CUGGUCACCCACAUCUGAACCCACAUGCCGGAUAGCGACCUUGUUUAGCUUCUGAGUGGUUGCCAUGCUGGGUUUGUUUGCUCCUGCCCUGAUUCGUUCGGAUUUUAACCCCAUGAUUGUAAUGCAGCACCCAACACGCUUUGCCAUACUCCACACCACUUGGAAUCCCAGUUUGCUGAAGGAGCAAAUUUAUAAUAACCAUUAGUAUCCCAUCAGUCACCAGCCCUGCCAGGUGUUGGAAACAUGGUGGUAUCCAGGACAAGCAACGAUUUGAUCAUAUACUGAUUCCACUUACCAGAACGUUCGACAACUUACUCAGUCUAGUAGACCGAUUUGUUUUCAGGAUGAUUCCUGGCGAAUCUGUGUCCUGGUCGGGUCAACCUGCCACGGACUACGAAAAGCCAGAGGCAUUGAACCCUCAAAUCUUCACACGGGGCCCUCAGCUGGAUGGCGAAGCCACUCUACAUGGCUACGAGGACCCGAACCCUCCCGGGAACACCAAAAAUUUCGUGGAGAGAGCUUAUGGCGAGUAUUGGACGAGAGACAUAUAAACAUGUUACGGAUCUAGAUGAUCGCAUUUUCUGGUAAUAGCUGGCAUAGGACUUUUUUUAGGAAGUGGGAGAUCACUUGCGAGCGCGGGUCCUGGCGGUGCAGUUAUCUGUUACAAACUCAUAGGAACAGUCAUUGCCUCAGCGAUAAGCUGUCUUGGUGAAAUGAUUGCGUUGAUGCCGGUCAACGCCCCUGUCAUGGAAUUUCCCCGCCGUUUCAUGAGUCGUGGUGUAGGAUUUGCUGUUGGGUGGGUCUAUUGGUUUGCAUACGCUGUACUGGCCGGUGAGCAGCUAGUGGCAGUAUCAAAUGCCAUCAAAUUCCGUUAUGAUGACGGAAUAACUUCUCUCCAUUGGGAGGUGGGUCAGAGGGUUGAUAAUGCCGUGUGGAUAUCCGUGUUUUUGAUUCUGGUCAUAUUGUUCAAUAUGUUUCCAGUCCGAGUUUUUGGCGAAUUGGAAUACAUUUUCGCCUGUUUCAAGCUCAAGUUUAUCAUAUUACUGAUCAUGAUGAUGUUUUUUCUAUCUAUUUUUCAGCCUUGAGGGGAAGCCUACUAUCAUGAACCUCUUGGCACUCGAUAUUGGAAUCAUUCUUACUCGUUUUUCAACCUUGUGUACAACGCCAAGGACGAGAAUCUGAAAGUCGAACAUUCCAUUGAAGGGUCACUGGGAGCUCUUCUAGGUGUCCGGACAACAUUCACGAGUGUCAUGUUCUCUUAUAUCGGCAUGGAUAUCGUCGCAGCUACAGCAGCAGAGAGCCGAGCAUUGAGUGACGUCGAGAGUAUGAAAAUGGCCGCUCGCAAAAUCAACCUUCGUGUCAUUACGUUGUAUUCGCUGGCCAUGCUCACCGCAUCGUUUGUUGUCCCCAUGGAUCACCCUUUCAUCAAUGGCCACAGUACCCCGGUCGGUGCACGCUCCAUUUUCAUUAUCGCCGUCGUGGAGGCUGGUAUGCCCAAAGUUGCCCACUUUUUCAGCGGAGUCUUUGUCUUCUCGGCCUUCACUUGCGGUGUUAACUCUAUGUAUAUCGUGACAAGGGUUUUGCAUACCCUGGCUCUUUGCGGUCAGACCGGCCCUGAGUUUAUUACGAGACGUCUUCGCCAGUGUCGAUCUGGGGUGCCAGUGAGAGCGGUUUUGAUGACAGGUGUCAUCAUGAUGGUCGCUUACACGGGCCGUGAAGGCUCAGUUGGGGCAGCAGCGAGCUAUGAUCGAGACAACCCUCGGUAUCCAUACAAGUCCCACGGGCAAUGGCUCAAAGCUUGCUAUGGGUUAGUUGCUUGUGUCGUUCUUAUCCUCUUCAACGGGGUAGGCGCCUUUAUUGAGCCCUUCAGCAUUCGCAAGUUCAUUGCUGCUUAUAUUAGUCUUCCGGUGUUCAUUUGACUCAUCUUGUGUUAUAAUAUCCGUAAACACGGGUUCCGGUUUAGGGAUUGGUGGACAGACAAGUCGGGCGACUUGAGCCAGACCGUGCAGGCUUCAAGCCAUACGUGGAAGGGAAGGCUCGAGUUCCCUGACAGUGGCAUCACAAGACACAACUGGGCAGACUUUGUUCAUUGGGUCUGGGUAUGGCUGAAGUAAAGUGGAUAUAGCUAAACAGCAACGCUGCACCUCUUAACUUUGUGGAGAUGAAAGUACUGAAGUAUUAUGGCGAAGCUAUUGUGUAUAGUUAUAUUACGGGGCUUGGGAGAAUCUGUCCCGUUGCUAGUUAGCUGCUUCUCGUAUCAAUCUCAUGCCCCGGCACACUCGUGCAAGAAAAUUCAAGGUGGUUAUCGAA